CUGCCCUGCACCAGCCGAGCACACACACUGGUCGGGUCAUAGCGUGCACUGAUCCGGACUCUGUCUAGCGCGGCUCAGGGGCCGUCUGCUGGCAAAGACGACGCGAUGCUCCUGGGGGACAGGAUGGACAGACGUUCCCUCGCCCAGGAGAUUCUCAGCCAGCUGCCCCUGGCCCAGCAGACAGCAGCCUGGGGGACGCUGGGCACCAUCAAACCCUACCUGGGCUUCGACGCGGAGAGCGACGUACAGCACCUCGUAAAGGCCAUCGCGGGCAAUGGCGCUGACCAUGGGGCCAUCCUGGAUGUGCUGACCAAUCGGACCAGCGCCCAGAGGCAGCAGAUCACCAAGGUGUUCCAGGCCCUCACCAAGCAGGACCUGCUGAAAUCCAUGGAAGCAGCUCUGUCUGGGAACCUGGAGCGGGUCAUCGUGGGGCUGCUGAAGCCGCCGGCUCAGUACGACGCUCACGAGCUGAGGGCGGCCAUGCAGGGCAUAGGCACUGACGAAGAUGCUUUGACUGAAAUUCUCUCCACUCGAUCCAACCAGCAGCUCAGAGAAAGCCUGGCCUUUUACCAGCAAGAUUUUAAAGCAGAGCCUGAAAAGGACAUAGCCUCGGAAACCAGCGGUUGGUUCAAGGAAAUUCUCCUGGCGCUAGCAAAGGGGAAGCGCGAGCACUACACCGGGAUCAUCGACUAUGCCCUGAUACAGCAGGAUGCCCAGGCUCUUGCAGACCCAGGAGCCAGGAGCGAGGGGGCCGGUGAGAGGACGUGGAUAAGCAUCUUCACGCAGCGAAGCCCUGAGCAUCUCAGCAGAGUGUUCGGUCAGUACCGGAAAUCCCACGGGCUGGAGGUGGAGGAGACCAUCUGCAAGCGCUUCCGGGGAGAUGGCCAGGUGGCCAUGCUGGCCCUGGCCUCGGUGUGCAGGAACACUCCGCGCUACUUCGCCGAGAAGCUGCACAACGCCAUGAAGGGCCCCGGCACCGAUGACAAAGUCCUGAUCCGCAUCCUGAUCUCCCGCAGUGAAACCGACCUGCUGAGCAUCCGCUCUGAGUUCAAGAAGCGCCAUGGGAAGUCUCUGUACUCCUGUCUCCAGGUGGAGACGAGAGGCGAUUACCAAGCAGCGCUGCUAGCCUUGUGCAGGGCGGAAGACCUGUAGGGCGGCUGCCAGCUUCGAAGAAACCCGCUCAGCCCAGUGACCUGCAGAAAACGGUGGGGAGCGGUGCGCCAGGGAGGGAGGGAAGCAUGAGUCCGCCCUGUGGCAUCGGGUUCAUUCCUCUGCCGUUUUAUCACGGAAACAGCCACGCGCCGCACUCAGCAGGGUGCAUCUACGCUGCAGCUGGGGUAUGGGAUCGCAUACCCGAGCCUUGAAUAACAAGAGCAGGGAUGGGUGGCUGCCCGGGCAACCCCUGCCCUCCCAGGACCCUGGAUACUUAAUUGAAUGGCCUCCGCCCAUGCAGUGCUUCGAUAGGUGCGGGCAUCACUGCUGCUGUUACUGGAGCGAGCUGGCUAGAUCCCCUCUGCAUGUUCUGCAGUCACACCUCCCCAUGGCAGGGUAGACCAUUUUUAAAUCAAGGCUGGAGGUUUUGCUAAAAGCUCUACCCUAGGAAUUGUUUUGGGGCACGGCUCUGGCCUGCACUAUCCGGGAGGUGAGCCUAGAUGAGCCCAAUGAUCCCUUCUGGCCUUGGACUCUAGGAAUACCAGGACCUGCAGCCGGCCUGGGGCUGAGAAAUCAGCAGUGCUGCCAAUUCUUGUGAUGUUCUUGAAGUCCCAGCUCCAGGAGUCAUGUGAUUCUGGGGGAAUGUUGGCUUGCAUUUUCAAAACAGGCUUUGUCCACCUGGGAAAGUUUUCCAGUGUCACCUAAAAAUGUGAUUUUUUUUAAACUGAUAUAGUUAUACUGGUAUAACCUCCUCCAUGGACACGCCUAUCCUGGUGCAAGAGGGCCACUUAGCUAUGUCACUUGGAAAGGGUUUAAGUGAAAUCCACACCCCCCCAUCCUACUGAAAUAAGAGGGGCCACACCCAGGGUUACCCCAGUAUUUCUCUAAUUAUAAUACCAAGCUCUGCUAUUGCAGAACACAAAGUGCUUUCUAACAGAGGGCAGUGUUCCCAUCCCCAUUUUACAGAUGGGGCAACUGAGGCACAGAGCAGGCAGUGACUUGCCCAAGGUCACCCAGCAGGCCAGCGCUCCAGCUGCUAAAACACUGCUGUGUAGACACGCUCUCAAUUUUUAGCCCUUGGGCUUGAGAACGUGACCCGAGGGAAACCCUCAAAGUUCAGAAACCGGGGCCUGGGGAACAGGGCGCCAGACUCCACAUUUAUUAUUUUUGAACAAGCUCAUGAUUUUUUAGCCAAGCUUGUGAUCUUUGCAGGCCUGAUACCUGGUGUUCGAUCCCUUGACUUUGGCAACAGAGAGUCAGGAAAAUUGAACCUCUGGCCUGGCCACUAUUAAAAUUUCUACCUUCAUAACUGUCAAUCAGGUGAUUUGUUUUAACCAGUCUAGUCAGCCCAAUGGGUCAAAUCAUACCGUGUAUACCAGUGUAAAAGCACCUUAUACUGGUACGGCUGAUUCCCCUUCUCAUAUAAGACUAGCUAUGCUGGCAUAAUGCACCUCUCUCCUCAUAUAACUGCAUCCCCACUAGGGCCAGGGCUACCCUAUAGAUCAGUGGCUUUCCAGACGACUGCACCCCUUUCAGCAGUCUGAUUUGUCUUGUGUACCCCCAAGUUUCACCUCAGUUUUGCUUACAAAAUCAGCCAUAAAAAUACAGGCGUGUCAUAGCCACACUAUUACUGACCAAUUGCUGACUUUCUCCUUUUGACCAUAUCAUUCUAUCAAAUGCAUCGACUGGAAUAUAAAUAUUGUACUUACAUUUCAGUGAGAGCCUUGUGUGAAGCCAGAGCCUCAGGCAGUGGGGCUGAAGCAUGUAACACAGCUUUGCGGGGUCCCCUGUGAGGCGGGGCCCCAGGCAAUUACCUUGCUUGCCACCCCCUAAUGCUGGCCCUGCACUUGAGAUCCACCUAAACCCAUCCCGUGACCCUCCUAGGGCCUGCAACCCCCAGGCUGAGGAGGGGAGGGAUAGCUCAGUGGUUUGAGCAUUGGCCUGCUAAACCCAGCGUUGUGAGUUCAAUCCUUAAGGGGGCCCGGGGGGGAAGUUGGGGAUUGGUCCUGCUUUGAGCAGGGGGUUGGACUAGAUGACCUCCUGAGGUCCCUUCCAACCCUGAUAUUCUAUGAAACGUGAAUCUAGAUGAGUUGAGUACCCCCUGGAAGUCCUCUGCUAUGGACUUCUGCCAGCAUAUAGCUGAGAGCUGCCCCUUUAAGGCCAGGGCUACCCUGAUCUCAGCUGGUUAACAUGAUGGGCAGCAGCGUGAUCCCCCAGCUACAGAGCUGUACCCCCACAGUUCUACCAGCAUCGCUCGUUUCAGUGGGCGGGGCUCGCGCAAGCUAGACCGGUAAAAGUGCGGUUUUGCCAGUGUAAACGUACUUUGCUGGUCUAUCACUGUAGCGUAGGGCCAAGCAGGGCCCUGGCUGCAGGGUGGCGUUUGCUGCUUUAAUUAUACCAGGCUAUAGUUCAAAGUGGUACAACUUUCUAGCAGAGCCACAUGUGCAUAUCUGGCCCCACUCGCAGUGGCGUGGACUCAGAGUGCCUUGGAGGCAGGGCGGUGCUGUUAUCCCCCUUGCAUGGAUGGGGAACCGGCACCCAGAAAAGCUACGUGAUUGGCCCAAGGCCAUGCGGGGGAGCUGGGGGUUCUGGUAGGACUGAACGCUGCUAGAAUCGAGUGCUCGCCCUGUUCGUUUCCUGGAAAGAAGCCGAUGGGAGGCCCUGCAGCUCUGCUGAACUGAAUCACUCCGCCAAAGUGAAACAAGCGUCAUUUAAAAAAAUAAAUGAUGAAACCCUGGGUUAUGGAAAGAAUGAA